AUGGCGCAGAUCCGCGGUACCGCCGGUUACAAUCUGGGCCACAGCAACCCGUUUGUUAGUCCUGGGAGGGCUGAUGUUACCAACGACCCGAGUCCCCUGGAUGCGAUUCGCGAGCACACCAGCAAGAUUGAAGACUGGUUGGAGACUAUUUCGGACCCUGUGAAGCCAUAUCUUCCCGCAAUUGGUCGUUUUUUGAUCGUUGUUACUUUCCUUGAAGAUUCCCUACGGAUAUUGACCCAAUGGUCCGACCAGCUCGCAUAUCUUCACGAAUUCAGACACUUCCCGAGAGGAGUUUCUCACAUCUUCCUUCUCACGAACGUCAUUGCCAUGUUGAUCUGUUCCGUUUUUGUCAUUGGUCGUAAACAUAGUGAAUACGCCGUCGCCGGUCUGCUUGGAGUUGUUGUCUCUCAGGCUCUUGGAUACGGUCUAGUUCUUGAUUUGACCUUUUUUGUUCGCAAUCUCAGUGUGAUCGGUGGGCUUCUCAUGGUCCUUUCAGACUCGUGGGUUCGCAAGAAGUUUGUCCCCGCUGGCCUUCCUCAGCUUGAAGAGAAAGAUCGCAAGAUGUAUGUCCAGUUUGCUGGGCGCGUUUUGCUCAUCUUCCUGUUUAUUGGGUUCAUUUUCUCCGGAACCUGGGGUUUCUGGCGCAUUUUGGUCAGUCUUCUUGGGUUCGUUGCCUGCGUCAUGGUCGUUGUUGGAUUCAAGGCCAAGUGGAGUGCCACUAUUUUGGUUGUGGUUCUCAGCAUCUUCAAUAUCCUGGUCAACAACUUUUGGACGCUCCAUUCCAAGCACCCUCAUAAGGAUUUUGCCAAAUAUGACUUUUUCCAGACUCUCUCCAUUGUUGGUGGUCUUCUUCUGCUCGUGAACAUGGGUCCCGGACAGCUCAGCAUGGAUGAAAAGAAAAAAGUCUACUAA